AUGCUUGAUCCACAACUCAAAUUUGAGAUGCUGAAAGAGGAAUUUGAAGACGAAGAUGCGACAAAUGUUGUCAAGGAGCAAAUACGGACCUACCUUCAUGAUCAUUAUUCAACUCCUCCUCUGAGCGAUGAGCUGGUACUCCCACCAUUACUCAAUCUGAAAACAAUGACAUCUCAACCUGAGCUAGAUCCAUAUAAGCGUAUGCUUGAGCGCUUUGGCAAAAAGAAGACCACAGUGAAGGUGUCUGAUAUUGGUAUAUAUCUUGAUUCACCACCAGUGGCUGUUAGUGAUGCAAAGUCAACUGAUUGGCUCCCAAAGUGGUGGGAUUCUCAUAAGGGAGAAUAUCUGCUAAUGGCACAUGUUGCACGCGAUUUCCUUGCAAUUCCCAUUACAGAGGUUAGUUUCUAA